AUGGCGCAAUCCGGUGUCAAGACCAGCGGCGGCAACGCUGCCUUCCACAACUUUCACAAUGAUUUCGCCCAUAUUCAGGAUCCCAACGAGCGACGGAGACUUGCUCUCGCUGAAAUCGACAAGGCUCCUUUCGGCUGGUACCAUGUUCGUGCCAUUGUCGUCGCCGGUAUCGGCUUCUUCACUGAUGCCUACGAUAUAUUCGCCAUCAACUUGGUGACGGCCAUGUUGGGCGUUGUUUACUGGCAAGGUGCUGCUAAGAACCCCGGCGUCAUUCCUCCCUCGUCCGAUACUGCCAUCAAGGUCGCAACCUCGGGUGGAACUGUCCUCGGUCAGGUUGGCUUCGGUUGGCUGGCUGAUGUUGUCGGUCGCAAGAGGAUGUACGGUCUCGAGUUGAUUCUCAUCAUCUUUGCGACCCUCGCUCAAUCCCUCUCCUCGGAUUCUCGCGCCAUCUCCGUUGUCGGCCUCAUUAUUUUUUGGCGUGUGCUCAUGGGUAUCGGCAUUGGUGGCGACUAUCCUCUUUCCGCCAUCAUUACAUCCGAAUUCGCCACUACCAAGUGGCGCGGCGCCAUGAUGGGCUCCGUCUUCGCCAUGCAAGGUAUUGGCCAGUUCACUGCUGCCAUUAUCUCUCUGAUUGUGACCACCGGAUUCAAGGAGUCCUUGAUCACUGCCAAGACCGUCUCCGAGUGCGACGGUGUCUGCCAGCUUGCAGUCGACAAGAUGUGGCGUGUCGUUAUUGGUUUCGGUGCUGUCCCCGGCUGCAUUGCUCUUUACUUCCGUCUGACCAUCCCUGAAACUCCUCGGUACACGUUCGAUGUUGCUCGCGAUUCCGAAAAGGCUGUUGCCGAUGUUGCAGCCUACAAAGCAGGCAAGCAUGAGGGUCAGCCAGACGAGGUCAGCCGCGCCGCCGUUUUGCAGGAUUCUCGUGCGCGUUUGGAUCCCCCAAAGGCUUCUUGGGGCGACUUCAUGCGUCACUACGGUCAGUGGAAGCAUGGAAAAGUCCUUCUCGGCACUGCCGGGUCUUGGUUCUUCCUUGAUGUGGCCUUUUAUGGUCUUGGUCUCAACAACUCAAUCAUCCUGCAGACCAUUGGUUUUGCUAAGGGUGACGAUGUUUACCAAGUCUUCCGCCGCUCGGCCAUUGGCAAUUUGAUCAUUGUCUGUGCUGGCUCUAUUCCGGGUUAUUGGAUCACAGUCGCAACUGUGGACACUAUCGGUCGCAAGCCAAUCCAGCUGAUGGGAUUCGUCAUGCUUACCAUCAUUUUCAUCGUCAUCGGUUUCGCGUACUCCCACCUUGGCGAAGCUGGUCUCAUGACUCUAUACGUCUUUGCCCAGCUGUUCUUCAACUUUGGACCUAACGCCACCACCUUCAUCGUUCCGGGAGAAUGUUUCCCAACCCGUUACCGUUCGUCGUCCCACGGUAUCUCCGCCGCCUCUGGCAAGGUCGGUGCUAUCAUUGCACAGACAGUCUUCGGACCUCUCCGCACAAAGGGCCACCCUACCAAAGCCAACCCGAACCCUUGGCUCAAUCACAUUAUGCAAAUUUUCGCCCUCUUCAUGUUGUGCGGUGUCUUCACCACGCUUCUCAUUCCGGAGACCAAGCGGAAGACUCUCGAAGAGCUUGCCGGUGAGGUUCCAGGCACCAAGAACUAUGAUCCUGAGACUGCCGGCCACCGUAAGAGCUCGGUUGGCAUCACCCGCGGAGAUUCAGAUGAGGGUGUUCAGGAGACUCAUGAGAAGAGCGCUGCCUAG